AUGGGAUUUAUUCAUUAAAACCGUCUGUUUCUUUCGUGGGUGAGUCUCAAGCAGACAUCGCAGUAAAACGACAACUCGCACAUUUAUUUUUAUACGCCAGGUCAGUAAACAAAAUUUAGAAGUGCAGUGAUGACUGAUAACAGUGUUGCAAACUCCAAAAGUGAUGAAAUGGACAAUGAGGCAGCGUUGGACAUCGAUGGAAUGUUAGCCCACGUAGGGGACUUUUCCCGCUAUCAAUUAAUGUUGAUGUUCCUCUUUAGUAUUAUAAAUAUCCUAUCGGCUUUUCACUAUUUCGGCCAAACUUUCACGAGCCUCGUUCCUCUACACAAAUGCAACGCCACGGGAGUUGCAAAUUCGAGCAUCGCAGACCCUUGUUCGAUUAGAAUAUUUGAUAACAGCUCGUAUGUCGAUGUUCCUUGCACCACCGGUUGGAUUUAUGACGAUUCGAACACAAAUGGAUACAUCAGUAUUGUUCAAGAGCUAAAUUGGGUUUGCGGCGAAAGCUGGAAAUCGGCCUUGGGACAAUCGGUUUUUUUUGUAGGCUCUGUAGUGGGUGGGAUCGUAUUAGGAAUUCUCGCGGAUAACAUCGGAAGACUUCACACGCUGGUUUUGGCCAACAUGUUUGCUCUGCUUGGAAACGCUGUAACCAUAUUGUCGAACAAUGUCGUACUGUUCGCAGUAAGCCGCUUUUUUGCCGGAUGCGCCACAGAUACGAACUUCGUCAUGAUGUACAUCAUAGUAAUGGAGUACAUACGACCUAGCAUGAGAACCCUGGGGCUUAACAUCUGCAUCGGUUUGUUCUACACUCUCUCCUGCGUGGCAAUACCUUGGGUAGUGGCUCUCGUGGGAACGUGGAGGAUUUUUUUGUUAAUUGUCUCCAUACCUCACUUGCUCGUGCUGUUAUUUUACGUAUUGGUACCGGAAAGCGCGCAAUGGCUGAUAAGCAAAGGCCGUAUCGACGAGGCGGUCGAGUGUUUUCGCCGAAUCGCUAAAAUAAAUCGAAGAACCGUCAGCCCGAAAACGGUAGAUGCGCUUAAGCGAUAUUGCGAAGAGCACAUCCCGAAAAAAACGGAAAAACACGAAAAUCUAAUUGGGUUGGUUAAAACGCCUAACCUUAGACGGAAAACUUUGAUCCUCGUUUACAAAUCGAUGGUAAUGACACUUUGUUACGACGCCAUAUCGAAAAACGUUAACGGAGUGGGCCUGUCGCCUUUUGUUAUAUUUUCCGUCACCUCUGCAACCAUCCUACCUGCUUGUCUAUUCAUUCUCGGCGUCCAAGAUAGAGUUGGCAGAAAGGUUUUGGCCAGCGGAUCGCUUUUAUUAAGCGGCAUUUUUUCCGGUUGCUCCGGGCUUUUGCGUAUAUUCGUCCAGAACCCUCAACCCGAGUUAAUUCUCGUUUUAGCCAUAAUCGCCCGUUUGGGCAUUAACGUAGCUUACAACUCUGGACACCAAUACGCGAUUGAGUUGCUCCCAACAGUGGUCAGAGGUCAAGGGGUGGCGGCGGUUCACGUAGCGGGCUACGGAGCUACGUUUUUCAGCACGCAAAUUUUGUAUUUGGGCGUUUUUUGGAAACCCACUCCGGAACUUAUUUUAGGUAUCGUAAUGAUAUCGGGCGCGAUCGCUUGCUUGUACCUUCCGGAAACUUUAAAUCGAAAAUUGCCAGUCACUUUACAAGAUGGCGAAGCUUUCGGCGAAGACGAAGGACCGUUCGAGUUUACCAUUUGUGGUUCCCGCAACACGGAAAGUACGAUCGCUUUAAAUAGAGGCAGCGACGGCCAAAGGACUUACAGUUAACCGGAUUAUUUUCGAUCGGUCCACUUUGAACGUAGCUCGAUUAAUGCGAAAAUUGACGGCCAUUUCAUCGUUUCGCUGAGAUUUCUUGGCCAAUUACGAAGUUUGGGCACUUUUUUUAUAUAUGUACUUAUGUAUAACGAAUAGAAUACACAACUUGU